GAUCAUUUCCGUGAAGAACAGAAGUCAAGUAGUUUCCUGAGCGUGUGUUGCGUUUACACACUUAUAGAUUUGAAGGAUUAAAAACACACCGAGUUCAUCAUGGAUGUCGGAGAGCUGUUGAAUUAUCAGCCCGAUCGAGGUGCUAAGAGAACCAGAGAGGAAGACCGCCAUGAAGAGUCAAGAACUAAACACAGGCCAGCCGGCCGAGAGUCUGGACGGGCUCUGCUGAAGGGAGAACCAGACAUUGAGGAGCAGGGAGGAGGAGAAGAGGGCGAGAAGAUUCUCGAGAGACUGAUGGACCAGGAUGGAGAAGAACCAGAGGGGGAGCUUGUGGAUGAGAGCACAGUGAAGAAAAUGAUCCUGACCUUUGAGAAGAGAUCCUACAAAAACCAGGAACUGAGAAUCAAGUUUCCGGACAACCCCGAGAAAUUCAUGGAAGCAGAGCUUGAUCUGAAUGACGUCAUCCAGGAGAUGCAUGUCAUCGCUACAGUUCCAGAGCUGUAUCAUUUGCUGGUGGAGCUAAAUGCCGUUCAUUCUCUGCUCGGUCUCCUGAGUCAUGACAACACUGAUAUCAGCAUUGCUGUGGUGGAUCUACUGCAGGAGCUGACCGACAUCGACACCCUUCACGAGAGCGAGGAGGGAGCGGAGGUGCUCAUCGAUGCUCUGUUGGAGGGUCAGGUCGUCGCUCUCAUGGUGCAGAACAUGGAACGUUUAGACGAAACAGUGAAGGAGGAGGCAGAUGGAGUUUACAACACUUUAGCUGUGAUUGAGAACAUGGCCGAGUUUCGGCCCGGUCUAUGUACAGAAGCUGCUCAGCAGGGUUUGAUGCAGUGGCUGCUGAAGAGAAUCAAGGCCAAGAUGCCUUUUGAUGCCAAUAAGCUGUACUGCAGUGAAAUCCUCGCCAUUCUUCUGCAAAACAAUGACAAAACAAGGGAGCUGUUGGGGGAAAUGGACGGUAUUGACGUACUGCUGCAGCAGCUUUCAGUGUUUAAACGUCAUAAUCCAUCCACGGCAGAGGAACAGGAAAUGAUGGAGAACUUGUUUGACGCUCUCUGUUCCUGCCUCAUGCUGCCGGCCAAUCGCGAUCGAUUCCUCAGGGGGGAGGGGCUUCAGCUCAUGAACCUCAUGCUCAGGGAGAAGAAGAUGUCUCGGGUCAGCGCUCUGAAGGUUCUGGACUAUGGAAUGAUCGGUCCAGAAGGUUCUGAUAACUGUCACAAGUUUGUGGACAUCCUGGGCCUCCGAACGAUAUUCCCCCUGUUCAUGAAGACGCCCAAGAAGAUGAGGAAAGUUGGAAUAUCAGACAAGGAGCAUGAAGAACACGUUUGCUCCAUCAUCGCCUCCAUGUUGAGGAACCUGAAAGCACAGCAGAGAGGUCGACUCCUCAGCAAGUUCACAGAGAACGACUGCGAGAAGGUGGACAGACUCAUGGAGCUGCAUUUUAAGUACCUGGAUGCUGUUCAGCUCGCAGACAAGAGAAUUGAAGGAGAGAAGCACGACAUGGUGCGUCGUGGCGAGAUCAUCGAUGACGCAAUGGAUGAUGAGUUUUAUCUGCGCAGGCUGGACGCUGGACUCUUUGUUUUACAGCUCAUCUGUUAUAUCAUGGUGGAGAUCUGUAAUGCUGGCAUUCCACAGUUACAGCAGCGAGUCCAUCAGAUCCUUAAUCUCAGGGGAGGAUCCGUCAAAGUGGUUCAUCAUAUUAUGAGAGAAUAUGCAGAAAAUAUCGGUGACGGCAAGAGCGAGGAGUUUAAAGAAAGUGAGCAGAAGAGGAUUAUGGAACUACUUGAGAACUUCUAAAUAUCCAGUUGGAGCUCAGCAUAGGUUUACCGCAGUGUCCCGCUGUAAAUACAGUUUCGCGUUUCUUGUGUCGUUUUUGAAGAGUUGACGUCUAAAUGAUAAUACAUGGAUUUUUGACCUUUGCAAUCCUAACACAUACAGACUGAAUCUGGAUAUUGGAUCCACUGAUAUAUUUUAUUUUAUCUCAUGCCAUUUUUUUUUUUUUUUUAAGGGUAGACAUUUUGUUUUUGAUGAAGAGCUGUAAGAACAACUUCAAUUUUCUUGUAAUUAAAGUUUGUGUUUUCUUUA